UAUAUUGAAAGGAAACAAUUGCCUGAAAUUAGAAUAUUCCACUUCCUCUAUACCUACUCCAGCCUAAUGCCCUUGGGGCCCAUAUAACCCAGUCACAAAGGACAACCAACUCAUAUGUAUCCACCUCCAGUCUGACCUACCUUCUAUUGAAGAACUUGUACCUACUACCCCUUUCCUCCUGGGCCCCAUGCUGCUGAAAGUGGCUCUGCUGCUCUUGGCUCUAUUCAUUGGAAAGUUUGAUGUCAUCGCAAAGCCCAUCCUGUCUCUUCAACCUCCAUGGACCACUUUCUUUUUUCAUGAGAAAGUAAAUCUGACUUGUGAGCAUCUGGAUCUCAUCGGAUUAGGAAACAUCCAAUGGUACAAACAGGGAAAGAAGUUUCACAAAACCUCUACAAACACCAUUAUAAUCUUGGAAAGUGGACAGUACAGCUGUGGGAAUGAGGAUUCUGCCCUUAGUGACCCUGUAACCAUCACAUUCUCGAAGGGAUGGCUGGUCCUCCAGGCUCCUUAUUCUGUUUUUGAAGGAGAUGCUGUGAUUUUACAAUGCCAAGGAUGGAAGAAAUCUAAGUUAUCCCGGGUUACAUUUCACAAGUGGAAAAAAUCCAUUUAUUUCACUGAAGAAAACAAAGCUCUGUCCAUCAAAGCAGCAAGGAAAGAAGAUAGUGGUCAGUACAGUUGUAGUGCAUAUGUGGAAAAUCAAAAAAAAGAGCAAAGAUCUACCCUUGUCAUCCUUCAAGUCCAAGAGUUGUUCCCUCGACCUAAACUAAGAAUCAAAAAUUCCACGGAAGCCAUGGUGGGGAGCUCAGUGAACUUGAGCUGUGAGACACAACUACCCCCUCAGAGGUCCGCCUCCCGGCUCUACUUCUCCUUCUACAAGGAUAAUAGGACCAUACGAGGCAGAGACGAGUCCCCAGAAUACCGCAUUCCAGCCACCAUAAUAGCAGGGACUGGGUUUUACUGGUGUGUGGCAGCCACGGAGCAUGACCAAGUCCAGAAACAGAGCCUCGAGCUGGAAAUUCAAGGCUCUACAUCUAUCCCCUUGGGGCACAGGAGGAGCCAGCUGGUUCUGGGGAUUCUGGUCUUGUUUGUCAUGACUGGCAUCAGUGCAUCCUUUCUACUUUAUUUCAGGGUCUUGAAGAAAACAGGAGCUGCUACCCCAGAUCCUGCCAGGGGUGCAUUCUUCCCAGGUACUCCAGAAACCCCUAAAGCCUCCUCAUCACCAGACCUGGAGUCUUGUCCAGUGUAUGUCAAUGUGAAUCCUCUGGAUGAGAAGAAUGAAAAUAUUGUCUAUUCUGAGGUAUUUUUCAGGGAACAGAAAAAGAAAGCUAUCUCCCAAGACCCAUCCCCAAGGAAAGAGGACUUCUCUGUCAUCUAUUCCAAGAUGAGGUUGCCACAGAAUCAGAAACUCUCACCUGCAUAAGGGAAUAAAUAUAGGAGACCCAGCCCACCAGGCACAUACAAGGAAUGAUGACAAUUCUACUUUGGUGAUCCCCAAUUCCCCACACCACCACCACCAUCAACCCUCUAUGUCAUGAUGUUCUUCAGAGAACCUGGAAAAAGACCACCUCCAACAAGGGAGCCAUUUUCCUGCAAACCAGAAGAUGAAAAUGAGCCUUUUUUCCCUCUGUAAAGAGUACAGGAGUCCCUGGCCAUUCACCCACCACUGAAUCAUUGACUGAAACAUGGUAGAUUUCCCAGAAGAUAAGCAACUAGAGUUGAGAAUGGGUCAUAGCAAUCUCCUUGGCCAAGAUGGAAAUAAUGUUAUCUUCUUUCAUUCUAGUUAAGAGCUAGUCUUAUCUGCUUUUUUCCCUCUGUAUCUGUGUUGGGCAAGAAUAGUAUUUGUCCCUGGAUGUUAUUACCUUAUCCUGAAGUAUAGCCAGGUGAGAGGCUCCUUGUUGUGUUCUAAUUUGUAAGAUGGAAGGCAGCUCAGUUCUGCAUCCCUUGGAAAAGAACUUCAGAGGUGAUUCUCUGAGUUCUGACCUGAUGACUGAUCCUACAGAAUGUGAGUCAUACAUUGAAUUUUUAACUGUGUACAUUAUUUUGCCCACCCAACUUACAUUUCCUAGAAAUCCUGGGUUGAACGUAACUUCUGUACUGUUUGAGAAUCUCAGAGUCCAAGAGAAGUAAUUACCCAGUCACUUCAUAAUUAUUUUGUUAUCCAUCGUUUCAUCAUUUUCAUAUACUGUUUAUUUUGCUUAUUGAUUCUGUGCCAAGAAUAAAAGCAGUUAUAUGCUCCAAACCAAACAAAAAUAAUAAAAACAUUUACAUAAUUCUAUGAAGUUUGUUAUGCAUUUGAGAUAGGUUGUCUCAUUAAUCCUCACAAUAACCCUG